UGGAAAUGAGGGGUGGACAGGACUAGCGCCUUGGGGAGGUCCCGGGGGCGGGGCAGCCCGGGCCCUACCGGGACCCGGAGCGCAGUCUUCCUGCACCCGCAGCUCCCAGCCGUCCGCUCGGUCUCCCAUCUCGUGCCAGCCAGCAUGUCCUUCAUUCCCGUGGCCGAGGACUCGGACUUCCCCAUGCAAAACCUGCCCUACGGCGUCUUCUCCACCCGAAGCCACUCAAGGCCACGGAUCGGCGUGGCCAUCAGUGACCAGAUCCUGGACCUCAGCGCCAUUAAGCACCUCUUCACCGGACCUAUCCUCUCCAAGCACCAGAAUGUCUUUGAUGAGCCAACCCUCAACAGCUUCAUGGGCCUGGGUCAGGCUGCUUGGAAGGAGGCGAGAGCGUUCUUGCAGAAUUUGCUGUCUGCCAACCAAGCUAGGCUCAGAGAUGACUCAGAGCUCCGGCAGCGCGCAUUCAUCUCCCAGGCUUCUGCCACGAUGCACCUUCCUGCCACCAUAGGAGACUAUACGGACUUCUAUUCCUCUCGGCAGCAUGCCACCAACAUUGGCAUCAUGUUCAGGGGCAAGGAGAAUGCACUGAUGCCCAAUUGGCUCCACUUACCUGUGGGUUAUCAUGGCCGGGCUUCCUCCAUUGUGGUGUCUGGCACCCCAAUCCGAAGGCCCAUGGGACAGAAAAGACCUGAUAACUCAAAGCCGCCUGUGUAUGGUGCCUGCAAACUCCUGGACAUGGAAUUGGAAAUGGCUUUCUUUGUAGGCCCUGGGAACAGAUUCGGAGAGCCGAUCCCCAUUUCCAAGGCCCACGAGCACAUUUUCGGGAUGGUCCUCAUGAACGACUGGAGCGCACGAGACAUCCAGCAGUGGGAAUAUGUCCCCCUUGGGCCAUUCUUGGGGAAGAGUUUUGGAACUACCAUCUCCCCUUGGGUGGUACCCAUGGAUGCCCUCAUGCCCUUUGUGGUACCCAACCCAGAACAGGACCCCAAACCCCUGCCAUAUCUCUGCCACGACCAGCCCUACACAUUCGACAUUAACCUGUCUGUCGCCCUGAAAGGAGAAGGAAUGAGCCAGGCUGCGACCAUCUGUAGGUCCAACUUUAAGCACAUGUACUGGACCAUGCUGCAGCAGCUCACGCAUCAUUCUGUCAACGGCUGCAACCUGCGGCCCGGUGAUCUCCUGGCUUCCGGGACUAUCAGUGGUUCGGAUCCUGGAAGCUUCGGCUCCAUGCUGGAGCUGUCCUGGAAAGGAACGAAGGCCAUUGAUCUGGGCCAUGGGCAGACCAGGACCUUCCUACUGGAUGGGGAUGAAGUCAUCAUAACAGGUCACUGCCAGGGGAAUGGCUACCGUGUGGGCUUUGGCCAGUGUGCUGGCAAAGUGCUACCUGCCCUCUCACCGGCGUGAGGCUCCAGAAACCAAGGGCCCAAUCCCCAGCCAUUGGUGGCCACACUGGGGCUGCUUUUCAUUCAGGAAUGAAUAAAGCCACUGCUUCGCUCUCCCGGAGCGCAGCAAGGCCCUGUGUCCCGCUUGCA